UCAUGCUGACCCUCAUGAUGUUGCUGGUUUUGGUGUGGCUGCGCGUUCUCCUUUCAGUCCUGUUGCUCACGCGAUCAAGACCGGCGGCGAUAAGACACGUUCGUGGGUCGAUAGCAUCAACGAUGAACCGCCGCCACCACCUCCUGUCGAGGGAACGAUUGUGGACGCACCUAUGCACUUUGCAGCGGAUCAGACGCCAGAUAGGUACGAAGAUGAACUUCCUGGCACCGCGCGAGAGUAUCGAAAUCGCAAGCGACGAGACGUCGAGGAUGAAGAAGAUGACAUGAGAAGGCGUAGACGCAGGGAAAGAAGGGAGGCUGAAGGUGUCAAGUCUAGCGACGGAUCCUCGCACGACCGUCGGCGAACCUUGGCCUCUGGCGCAAGUGGCUAUGGAGACAUGGGAAGAGCUUACGAUGCAAGACCUGCAAUGCCAGAACGCAGGGCCAGCAAAGGCGGGAGCUGGCUGAAGAAGAUGGCAGGACUGUGAGGUGCAUUUGAUGUGGCAAUCUACAUUCAGCGGAUCUGGAUCGAUGUGCAUUCGAUUGGAGUUUUGGGAUGGUCUGGUUUAUUCUUUCGGAAAUGAUACCCUUCUCGCAAGCUUGUGGCUGUAGGAAUGCAUUGAUUGCAGGACAGCCACCGAUGAUCAACGAUGAUAUUUAUAGUAGCAUAGCUAUACUGAAGCAUACCUAUUCGCG